AUGUUCCCCAGGGCUCAGCACUGGGGCCACUCCUGGUUUAACAUCUUGAUCAGUGAUCUAGAUGAGGGGAUUGAGUGCACCCUUAGUAAAUUAGCAGAUGACACUAAGCUGGGUGGCAGUGUGGAUCUGCCGGAAGCUCUACAGGGGUGUCCAGACAGGCCUGAUCAGCGGGCCAAGGCCAGUUGCCCAAGUCUCAGUAAGGGCAAGCGCCAGGUGCGGCAGGGGCUGAAGAAACAGGGCAUCGACGGGCGGGACAAGGCGGAGCGGACACCUGUGCAUCUCGCUUGUGCGAAUGGCCACGUGGAUGUUGUUGCAUAUCUGGUAGAAAACAAGUGCCAGCUAAAUCUUUUUGACAAUGAUAACAAGUCACCACUGAUGAAGGCAGUACAGUGCCAGCAGGAAAAAUGUGUGGCUAUUCUUCUGGAGCAUGGUGCUGACCCAAAUCUGGUAGACACUGAUGGCAACACUGCCCUGCAUCUGGCUGUCUUGUCUUCUAGUACAACUGUAGUGGGGCUGUUACUUGAUCAUAAUGCCAAUAUUGAUGCCCAGAAUAAGGAGGGAUGUACUCCACUUACUCUUGCUGUCUCUGAACAUCAAGAAGAGAUAGUAGAGUUCCUCCUCAAGAAAGGAGCUGAUGUGCAUGCUCGAGAUCAGUGUGAAAGAACCCCACUUAUGACUGCUGCUUCUGCUGGGGAGCUUAGUCUGAUAAAAGUUCUUCUUCGGUAUGGUGCUGACGUUACCCAUAAAGACACUAAUGGCUGGACAGCUGAGGAUUAUGCUGUUAUUCAUGGAUAUUCCAGUCUUAGUAAACAUCUGGCAGAACAUGCAGACUGGGAAAACACAGGAGAAGCUUCUGCAGGUGGUGCACAAGGCUUCACAGUACUUGGCACUCCUUACCGGGCAGGAGCCGCUGGCUUAACUUUGGGCGCACCUGCUGUCGACAGAGGAGGAAUGCAACAAUCUCCUAACCAGACAUCAAGAACAGGAAAAUCAAGGAAAGCAAUAGAUGACGUUUCCCAAGGAGACUCAGUAAGAAGCUCUGAGAAGGAGAGAAGUGAUGACAGUUGGCAUACUUCUGAAGAAGAAGAACUCGAUUUUACCCCCAAGAAGCUGCAGAAGCCGAACUUGACUCUCUUAAUGAAUGCUUCCCAGCAGCUCAGGAAAAACAUUGAUGGUGAUGGUUCGAAAAUUGAAAGUCCUAAGUCACCAAAGAAAACCCCCAAAGAAAGAGCCUCAUCAGGUGUAAAUCUGAGCAGAGGAGGAGACAGAGAAUCGCUGAAUCAAGAUGUCUCGGAUACAAGCAACCUGGAGGAAGAAGAAUUGGAGGAGGAGGAGGAAGAAGAAGAGGAGGAGGAAGAGGAAGAAGGUGAUGAAAAUGACAGUGGAGAUGAUGAGGAUUAUGAGGAGGAAGAGGAAGAAGAGGAGGAGGAUGAAGAACUUUCUCAAGAUGAAAAGGAGGAGGAUGAUCUGGAAGAAACUCAGUCUGAUGACAUACUGGAGAAAGAGCAAGGGGAGAAAACAGAGCCUAAAGAGGAAAUUAAUCAGAAAUUGGAGUAUUCGAGUAGUGCAAAGUAUGAAGGAGAAGCUUGGUGUGGAACUGGAGAUGUCUGUGAUGUGAAAGUAAGUGAAAAACUUGAUGAAAAGGUGGAGGAAUCUGUUGAUACUCCUGUGUCUUUUAUAGCUGGGUGUUAUGAAGGGUUGCAAGAAGAUAUAACUCCUGUGUCAACUGCUGUGUCUCCAAAGAUAAUGAAUAAUGAAGUAUCUUGCAAGUCAGUACCAAAACAAGCUGUCUUUCCAAAUCUAAAUAAUUUGCAAGAUAAACAAGAAAGCUGGAACCGGAAAAGCGUGAUUCAGGAGGAUUUUCACAGAAACGCCGAGUUCUGUUUUGCAGAGUCUGAAAUGACAGACUGGAAAAAAGAGAUACCUCCAUCUCUCACAGAUAAUUGUGAUCGUAACGAGAGAAAGUCAAGUUUCAGUAAUGGCUCUGAAAGUGAUACUAGUUCUUGGUCAGCAGCAAAAAGCCCAAUGCUUGAAAGUCAGAGACCGAACUCUGUUGUUCUUGAACGUGUAAACAAUGAAGAUACUGAAGAAGAUGAAAAAGUAGAUGAUAAAGUCUGUGAAACACUGACGCAUGAAAGUGAAAACUUGCCCUUAAAUGGGUACAAAGAAAGAUUAAGAGCAGCAUUUCACUCAAGCACCAAAGAAGAAUCACCUGACCAGGAAGAAAAGGAGGAGGAGCAGGAAAGUGAAGACAGUGGUGAAGAGCUACAAAUUGCAGUUGUUGAGGGUGUAAAACAUUCUGGUUUUAAUGACAGCCGUCAAGUCCACACUGCUUCAAAAGACAACACUGGUGAGAGAAGUGCCCUACCAGAAGUGGGAGCAGAGGAAGAGGAAGAUUCUGAUUCUCCUUGGGAUUCUGAGAUUAUUCAAACGGAUUCUGAAAGUCUGAGAAAAGUAUCAUCCAGUGUGCUGCUCCCAGCUGCAGACCAACAUGGAGCAUGCUCACAGAUUGGUUCAGGGGAACGCAACAAUGGCUUUUCAGAGUCACUCAACAAUUCACAGCUGAAGACUCCUGAAUCUGUUUUGGAAAUGAAUGAAACCUCUCCUAAAAAAGCACAACAGAAAUCAGAUCUAUUGGAGGAAUUUGGUUUAGGAGAUGCAGAGGAUAUUGAAGGUGAGUACUCAGGAUCUGCCUUUCAUAUGUCAUCAUCAGCUGAAAAUGAAGAUGUCAAGGAUGCCUUUGAAAACUAUGGGGUACAGGAUAAAUAUAUUUUAGAAACUACCAACUUGAUAGAAAAAACAACACAAGAAAAUCAGACUGACAAAGCAGAAAUUUCACAUCAGGACGUCCGAGCAGAAAAUGAGGAAUCACACAGUGCUGACAAGCCUUUUAGUCCAAAACCUUGGGAAGAAAGAUAUGAAAGAAUGUGGGUUGAAAAUGAGAAAAGGGAAUUGAAAACAAAUUUUAAAAACAUUACAGCAGAGCUGAAGCUGCUGUUUGGUGAAAUAAAGGAAACUGGGAAAACUGCUUCUCUUAUGGAUGGAAUGUCUAAAGAUGGCUUCGGUGAAGAAUGGAAGUGUUCUCGUGUUGUUUCCUCUCAUGCGACAGAGUCAAGUAAUAAGUUAGAAAGUAAAGGUCAAUUUGGAGGUGCUAAACUUAUGCUAGGUGGAAAAAUACCCAAAAUGGAAAUUGUACUUCCGAAUCUUGGUGUCCUUCCUGAUCAAAAUAACUUAAAUGCAAACGUGGAAGAUAGCUGGAGUACAGAUGGAGAAGAUGGCACAAAUGAUGCAGAUGACACAAAGGUUCUUCCAGUAGAGGGAGAGGAAAAGAAAAUGCCUGCUAUGGAAAUAGAAGAGAAUGAAAAUGAAAGUAGUAGAAAUGUAGAGGAAAGUCCUGAAUACUUUUUGAAGCACAGCUUUAAAACAAGUAUUUUGGAUGACGUUUCUCAUAUUCUUCCUAAAAUAAGACCUGUUUCUACAAGUGUUGAAAAUACGCUUUUUGUAACAGAAAGGAAACUUGGAAAAGACUCUGGAUUUAACAAUGAUGUUUCCAGGGACUCCCUUGUUGACAAUAGUAAGAUAGGAAAAACAGAAUCUGAAAGUCUUUUUGCAAAUACUCAGCAAUCGUGUAGCAUGCUGAAAAGGAAUCUUGAUGAAGAACUAAAACAAGAUAUGGAAAGAUUUAAAAGUAAGGUAGGAAUGCUGCAAAUGGUAUUCCUGGCUUUGGCGAAGGAGAAAGUACAGCUGCAAAAAGAGGUUGAAAAGCAAAAAAACGAAGAAAAAUGUUUCAAAAUGCAGGCAGUGACAAAAGAAGAUCUUGAUAAACUGAAUACACCAUCAAGUAAUGUUACUGAUCAGCAAAUUAAACAAAAACUGACUCUAAGAAUGAAUGACUCUUCGAAAAUGGAAAAUGAAAUCACUCUAGAAGAAAAAGAGGAAACAAAAUUAUCAUCUGAGGAGAGAUCAAAAUUGAUUAAAAUGCCAACAAAAGGUAAAUUUUCCCUGAAUGCCAAAGUUCCAAAGAAAAAUAGAAGACAGACUUCAAAACAGAAGGCUAACCAGCAGAUGAGCUCUUCCAGUGGGAAUCAUUUUCCAGUACUGGAAGAUAGCACUUUCAGUGAAACAUCUGAAGAUGAAGGAAGACCUGCAGCAAAAACAGGGACUGAAAAGAACAAGGUCAGCAUGCAAAUCGACGUAGGUGAUGACGUGGAUUUAACUCACUCAUCUAACACAACUUCAGAGGAUGCUGAAUUAUCACCUUCAACCUACCAAGAGGCUGUGUUCCUCUUGGACCAGCUUAAUGUGGGUCAUACUGGUUCUGAUAUUUUGUUGAAAAUUCAAAGCAUACUUCUUAAAUAUGAACAGACAAUAGAACGUGAAAAGAAUCGGUAUGCAGCUGUCUGUAGAGAAGUAAAGAAACUGGAAAGCAGAAAGGAGGAGUCGCAAUUAAUGGCAGAAGAGACUCAAGAUUUUAAAUCCAUAUUGGCUCCCCAGGCAGUGGAAUGGAAAAGUGAUAUUGAAAACCUUAAGUCUACUUUGAAACAAGAAGAGGAGAAGAGGCUCAGAGUAGAAUCACUAUAUGAGAAAACAAGAGAAAAACUCAUAAGGAAAGAAAAUGAAUAUAGUAAAGAGAUGGAGGAGAAACGGCAGCUUGUGUUACAGUCAGGGAAUUUAGAAAAGGAAUUAAUGGCACUGAAGAAGUUCUUGAAACAGGUUGAAGAGGAACGUGAUGAAACACAGAGACAGCUCUCUCGGGAAAAGAAUGCCAGAGCCUUGCAAGAAGGAAUCUUGAACCACCACCUUCAAAGACAAAAGGAACUAGAAGAAGAGACAAGAAGGACUGUAGUAAAAAACUCAGUGGAAUCUGACGUUGAGAGAGAAAAGGAUUUGUUAUACAAAAAUCAGUUACUACAAGAUGAGAUUGCUAUGCUAAGAUUAGAACUUGAUCAAGCAAGACUUAGGCACCAGGAGGAAGAAGAGAAAUACUUAGAAGAAAAUGAGACUUUGAAAGAAAAAAAUGAAGAUCUCAAAAAGGAACUUAAGCUGAAUGAGGAAGCCUUAACACAAACAGCUUUUCAGUACAAUGCACAGCUAAACUUACUGAAGACAGAAUCUGUAGUGCUAACUUCCAAACUUGAGCAGACCAAAGAAACCAAAGACAGGUUGGAGACAGAAAUUGAAUCAUUUCGUUCCCGCCUGAACACCGCUGUUCAAGAACUGGAACGUCAUCAGUCCUCAAAAGGUGAUGUUGAAAGAGCGUUUCAGAGAGAACGCGAUGAAUGGCUUCGCUUGCAAGACAAGCUCCAUCAUGACCUCUCUACUGUGCAAGAAUCCACCAAGAGCUUGUCUCAGCAGCUAAGCACAGCUGAAAGCAAAGCUAACAGUCUAGAAAACGAGCUCCACCAGUUAAAACAAACACUAAGAGAAAAAACAUUGCUUUUAGAAACAACACAAAAAGAGUUAAGUCAAGCCCAGUGUCAGGCAAAGGAAUAUGAUCAAGCUCGACAACUUGAGAAGGAUCAAGUAAGCAAAUUGAUGAUAAAGCAGGAAUCCAUGCAGGAGCGACUGGCCCAGUUUCAGAGUGAAAAUAUUCUACUCCACCAGCAACUAGAAGAUAUGCAGAACAAGGGGAUCAUAAAAGAAAAAGUAGUGAAUGAUGUGCAGGACCGGUUUAAUGAAAUUUUCAACAAACUCAGAGCUGACACUGAAAAGCAAGUUCACUUAGUGGAAGAGAGAAACAAGGAAUUAAGUGCCAGGUGUACGGAUUUAAGAGAACAAAUCUUUAAAUAUGAGUCUGACAAAGUAGAGAGAGAGGGCAUGGUCAGACAGCUGCAGCAGGAGCUUGCUGAUGUGCUUAAAAAGCAAUCCAUGUCAGAAGCUUCGCUGGAAGUUUCUACGCGUUACCGCAGCGACCUGGAGGAAGAGAAGCUGCGCUUGCAAAAGGAAUUAGAGAAGGUUAAAACCAAGUUGCAGGAGUUGGAAGAACAGCAUCUUCAGUCUGAGCAUUCUAUUCAUGACUUGAAGAUUGCCUUGGAUAAUAAGGAAAGAGAACUAAGAGAUUCUUCCCAAAAACUGCAAGACCUCCUUUUGACAUCUUCUGGGACUAACACUACUAUAAAACAACUGGAAGAACAUGUGCAGCGCCUCGAAAUUGAAAAUGCAAGAUUGGAAGCUACAGUCCAGCAACAAAGCAAAAGGAUUGAAGCCCUUCAAAGAGACCUGCAAGCAUCUGCCUCGGUUCAUAACCGCCUGGAAGACUUGAUAACUAGUUUACGGACAACCCAGGCAGCUGCAGAGGACCAGCACCAGCAGCAGAUGCAAAAGCAGAAUGUGCUGACUCUGACAUCAAAGGACUUGCACAGCAUGUGGGAAGAGCAGUUGAAGUUGAGAUCGCACCUUGAAGAGCGUAUUGCUCAGCUUGACAGGGAAAAGGCUGAACUCUUGGAACAGUGUGACAGUGAAAGACAGAAAGCAAAGAAGCUGACAGAGUUGAAGCACUCAGUCGAACUGCGUCUGGACCAAGAAAUGGAAAGAAACAUCGAGCUGCAGAAAGACUGUAAGAGGUUGAAGAGACUUCUGAGCAGAGCUACAGGGAAACUAAGGGAAUAUGAGGAGAGAGAAAAAGUGUCCCAGCUGAAUUUGCAGGGAGAAAUAAGGAACAGGUAUUCUGAAAUGGUCACUGAAGUUGGUACGUUAAGAACAAAGGUUGCUGACCUUUCUCAGCAGCUGGAGAAAGAGUCUAAAAAAUGCAUGCAGCUAGAAACACAAAAUCAAGAUUUAAGAGAAGAGUUGUCCACCAUGCGUGGGAACCACAAACAACUGGAGAAGAGCAACUGCCAGCUGAAAGAAGAGGUGACUAACCUCAAACAUCAUUUGGAGACUAACAUGGUGGAUCACAGACAAAUAGAACAAUGUAAAAGAGAGAUGGAAGACCGAGCUGCACAAGAAAUAAGGCAAAUACUCCAAGAAGUCAAUCUUUUUUUGCAGGCACAGGCAGCCUCCCAGGACCGCUUAGAACAAAUCCGAGCUAGCCAUCAUGCCUCCCUGAGAAACCAGCUAAAACACAGAAUUAGAGAUCUUGAAUGGGAAUUGGACAAGAUAAAAAACACCCAACAAGACAGUAUUUUUCAAAAAGAAUCCACACAGACAGAAGUGGAGAAAUACAAACAGCUGUAUCUGGAGGAAGUAAAAAGUAAAGGAUCCCUAGCGAAUAAACUGGAAAGAGCUAAUGAGAAACUAGCAGAAGCCAAUGCUAAGCUCCUUCAGGAGCGCAACAGAAGAAAAUCUUUAAUUGCAAGUAGCAUCGUCAGUGGAGGUCUGGCUGCAAACCCAGUUCUCUAUUCAACUGAACUGGGACAUCUUAGCAACAACCUGGCAUUGAACAGAAGUCUGAGUCUAGGAGGAAGCUUCCUAAGUGCAAAUGGGAAUGCAUUAUCGUCCAGAAGCAGGGUUGAAGCCUAUGUGGCUAAGAUGCAGCGGAAACUGGAUGAAAACAUCUCUAAAAUACUUGAAGAAGCCACUGCUGAUCUUGAAACUGCAUCUCCUGGAGCUUCUCCCAUGGUAUCUACUGAUGGAUCUUCAAAAAAUGUCAAUGCUGAUCUGGAUCCCCUUCACAAGGCAGUGCAGGAGUACCGUGAUGCUGUGUACCAAAAUCAUAAGAUUUGA